CUCAUAUAUCAUCUGCAAUCAUAGAAAAUGGGUCGCGAACUCCAAAAGAAGAAGAAUAGAUCUGGAAAUAAUAAGAUCAAGCACAAGCCAAAGUCUAAGCGUAUCAAUCCUUUAGGCAAUGCAAUCGUCGCUGCAAACUGGAGACAAGAUGAAACUCUUACACAAAAUUACCGCCGCCUUGGCUUAACUAGUCGUCUCAAUACCGUUACUGGUGGUAUCGAGAAGAAGACUGCAGGCUCCGAAUCAAAAACCUCCACUGCAAACAAGCUCGCCAUCUCAAAUGCAAUUCCAAAGAACUUUGCACCAACUGAAGCGCGAGUCGAGAGAGACCCAGAGACUGGAAAGAUUAUCAGGGUCAUUCACGAUGAGAAGAAAUCAAAUCCAUUGAACGAUAUUCUGAACUCAGAUGACGAGGAUGGAGAGGGUUUCGAAGGUUUCGGUGAUGAGGAGGGUUCCGCAUCAAAAAACGAGAUUGUAAAGAUGUUGGAGGAACAAGCCUCAAGAGCAGGCGAGAAAAGAGAGAGGCAACAAAGUGAGAGGGAGAAAGAGUGGAUUGAGAAGUUGGUCAAGAGAUGGGGAGAGAACUACGGAGCCAUGGUUAGGGAUAGAAGAUUGAAUCCCAUGCAACAGACGGAAUCGGACAUCAGAAGACGAGUUCAAAAGUGGAAGGAUGCUGGCGGUGUUGUUACUACCGAAGCAUGA